CCUCUAUUUAUUCCCGCGCGCACGCGCUCCGACGGUAAGAGAGGCAGGAGAAGGUUCUGGAGGGAAGACGCCCAAGGCCGCGCCCGUAACUGACGCGAGAGGCAGGAGAGACGACGAGGAGGCGGCCGCCUGUCGCAGGAUCGUUGCGGCGACGAAAGAUGUCGUACUCAAGAGGAUCAAGGUACGAAUCUCGCUCACCUUACAGGCGAAGCAGCCAUUCAUGGCAUAGGAGUCGUUCUAGGAGCAUGGACUCGAGCGAUGCUGAAAACCCUGGGAACAACCUGUACGUGACUGGCUUAUCAGCUCGUGUUAUGGAUCGAGAUCUGGAGAAGCACUUUUCUGCUGAGGGAGAGGUGAUUGAUGCAAGCAUUGUGCUUGAUCCUUGGACGAGGGAAUCUCGAGGAUUUGGUUUUGUUACCAUGGCUACAGUUAAGGAGGCAAAUCGCUGCAUUAAAUAUCUGGACCGUUCUGUCUUGGAAGGUCGUGUCAUAACUGUCGAGAAGCAACAGGGUAGAUGUUGGUUGCUGCUCUGCAUCAAACUCAUACAACAUAACAACCAAACCAUGCCACCUCAACCAAAGGGUUGUAUGCCCUGCAUCGCAAAGAGAAGACGAGGUCGAACCCCAACACCUGGGAAGUAUCUUGGCUCAAAAUCAUCACGUGGACGGAGGUAUUCCCCAAGCUACUCACCUGAUCGGAGGGACCGUUACAGUUCACGCUACUCACCUGAUCGUGAAAGGUCUUAUUCUCCUUAUGGUAGAGACCGAUCAUACUCUCCGUAUGACAGGCGGCGGUCAUACUCCCCCUACGACAGAAGGCGAUCAUACUCCCCUUAUGACAGGCGCAGAUCCUACUCGCCCUAUGAUAGGCGUCGAUCAUACUCUCCUUACUACACCAGGCGGUACCGUUCAAGGUCUCCAUACCGCUACAGAAGACGGAGGUCACAUUCCUAUGACCGAUCUGUUUCUCCAUACUACAGCAGGCGCCGAUAUCGUUCUGUCUCCAGAUCACCCAGUGCUUCUCCAAGGGCCAGAGGGCAGAGCUAUUCCCGCAGUUUAUCACCACAGAAAAGCUGUUCUUGCAGCCGCUCCCCAGAGUCAGAAAGAUCAACGAGUUAUUCUCCGAAGAAAGGGUAUACUGAAAGGGAACCGUCGCGCAGCAGGUCUUCAGGCAGGAGGCGUCGUUCAAGGGAAAGCUACUCUCACAGCCGCAGUUCGUACUCUAGGUCUGUCUCUAGGGAGCGCUGAGUUUAAGCUGGAGGUCUAUAUCCUCGGUAAAAAUAAGAUGCGACCUGUAUUCAUGGGAGUCUGUCGUAUGUUCAUGGUCUGUCACUAUUCCGAACUUCGAAUGUGUGCAUUUUACUAUGUUGUGUCUAUGUUGUAUGAGAUAUUGACACUGCUACAUAUUUUGUGUUUUUAUGCAUAAACUAUUGGUUUUUA